GCAAGCGAGAACGCGCGAACAAAGCGUCAGCACGAGGUCAAACUGGAAUAAAAAGGGGGAAAGGACAAUAUUUUUGUGGUGGGUCUGAAGAGAGGCAAGAGGUUAUUGACUGUGAAGAAUUGCACGCACGCAAGUACCGUACCGCACCUGGCAUCACUCAACUGGACCGGACCGACAUGGACCUGAGGACGCUGUGCUCCGUGCUGCUGUUGCCUCUUCAGAUCUUGUGUUGCGCCGUAAAGGCGUUCGUGCGCUUCUUCAUCCCGGGCAAACGCAGAGAUCUGUCCGGGGAUGUGGUGCUCAUUACCGGAGGAGGACGAGGUAUCGGUCGUCACCUGGCCCGAGAGUUCGCCAAGUGCGGGGCAAAGAAGCUGAUUCUUUGGGGCCGCACAGAGAAGUGCCUGAAGGACACGUGUGAGGAGAUAACGCUCAUGGGGACAGAGUGCCAUUACUUUAUUUGCGACGUGGCCAACAGGGAGGAAGUGUAUAAACAAGCCAAAGUGGUGCGAGAAAAGGUCGGAGACGUCACCAUCCUGGUGAACAACGCCGCAGUGGUACACGGGAAGAGUCUGAUGGACAGCGACGAUGACGCCCUGCUGAAGUCACAGCAUAUCAAUACCAUGGGGCAGUUCUGGACUACAAAAGCGUUCCUGCCUCGUAUGCUGGAGCUGCAGACGGGUCACAUCGUCUGCGUCAACUCCAUCCUGUCCCUCUCACCCAUACCUGGUACAAUAGACUACUGCACCUCCAAAGCCUCGUCUCUGGCGUUCAUGGAGAGCCUGACCCUCGGCCUAUUGGACUGCCCCGGGGUGGGAUGUACCACCGUGCUCCCCUUUCACACCAACACCGAAAUGUUCCAGGGCAUGAGAGUGAGGUUCCCUAAACUCUUCCCACCGCUGAGACCAGAGGUAGUUGCUCAGAGGACAGUGGACGCAGUCAGAACCAACACUGCCUUCGUUUAUCUUCCGUGGACCAUGAAUGCACUGGUUAUCCUCAAAUGCAUCUUGCCCCAAAGUGCUCUGGAGGAAAUCCACAGGUUCUCCGGAACCUACACAUGCAUGAACACUUUCAAAGGACGGACAUAAGAACCGCUACAGAAAGUUUGUCUUUGACUCUAAUUAAAGAGUGUGUUACACUUCUGUCUGCCGGACGCAGCUGAUCAGAAACAACAGGGAAAAAAAAAGAGUCACGGAUCGAGGAGUCGGCUGUACUUGAAGAGUUUUCUUGAGACUUUUAAUGGAGGAGGAAUAAAGAGACAGUAUGGCACAUCGUCGGUGUCACUGUUCAGACUGCCUCAGAUGACUGACCUCUGGGCAGAUUUUGCUGGUUUAAUGACUGAAUUUUGAACUGUUCAACCAGCAAAGAAAAGCAACAGACUCACAAGAAAAAGAGCCUUCGGAUUUGUACUUAAUCUCUUAUAAAAACUGUCUAUUUUUUAACAAACUAAUGUCACUCAAAAUACAACAUUUGAAUAAAAUACAGUUUGGAAAUAAAACAUAGUUUUGGGGUGUUCUAGGGAAAAUGUCAGAUGUUCCUCGAGGGAUCUGAGCUUCAAAUCGUUGCCAGUUUUGGGUGGACAUCUUCUUAAUGUCACACCAUGGCAGCU